AGUCACUCAGUGUAAGCUGGAUCAGAGAGAUGAGACAGACCACGGUAUUCAGCCUGUAGAUGGUUGCAGAUCAGAAUCAGAAGAACAGACCCAACUUAUUGUUAGCAAUUGCAAAUCAGAAAAAGACCUGCACCUUGCCCAGGAUAACAGUGUAGUUCCAGAGCAGCCUAACCUCCAGACAAAAGCUAUGAAUCUGGCUCCCGAUCCAAGAACUGGCAGUGUCAUGGGACUGAAACUGAAAUUGGAAGUAGGAGUGCAGGGAAAAGCGAAAAGCUUUCCACCUUUACAGCACAACCUCUCAGCCACAGGGUUGAAGGAGUGGGUCAAGUUAGCCCCGUUUCAGGAUCUGAGAUCAGGAUGGGACAAGAAAUUGGAACAGUGUCUUCAACUGCCCUUGCUUGUGAGCAGGACAUCUAGUCAACAGAAGCUGCCUCUUGAGAGCCAGGAUAUGGGGUCCUCAGACUUCACUCCCGAUGUAGGGCUAGAACAGCAAAUAUAUAUUACUCUCUCUCAAAGCCUGGGUCCCUUCUCGGGCCUGUGUGUUCGUGUGCAACUCAUGCAUGGACUGGGAUACCCACUUGGUCCGAGUAAAAGGGACUGGGGGGCAUGGCCCAAAGUCCGGAGACGAGCAAAAUCCUGCCCGGGCUCCCUAACAAAGAGGCAGGGGAGCAUCAGAAGUAACAGAAGCAGCAGCAGCAGCAACAGAGUGAGAUUUGCUGACUCAGUCGGUUUGGAGUUAACAGAAGUUCGUAGCUUUGACUCAGCAGAGGAGCCAAUUAUACCAGCACAUGUACUGGCCAGUUUCAGUUCCAAUGAACCCACAGAACAAGUUAUAUGGAUACAGCGUUUCAGAAUGGAAUUCACAAAUCCAAAGGAUGAUGAAAACUUCAGUGAGCGACUAAACAAUCAGAAGGUGUGCCUGGAAGCAGUGUCAGGGGCAGAACUGGUUAUCAGUGGUACCAUCCUGGUCAUAAACCUGGCCUAUCAUAAGGAGGUGACAGUCCGUUUCACCUGCAAUGACUGGAAGUUCUUCACUGAUGUCUCCGCUCUGUUUGAAAGCAACAUUGAAAGCAAAAUGGAUCGUUUCACCUUCACACUGAAUCCAUCAAUUCACUUGCUCCAGCCGGGCUGCUCUCUGCAGUUUGCUAUAAAGUACAAAGUUGAAGAAUUAGAGUUCUGGGACAACAACCGUGGCAGCAAUUACAAGAUGACCUACCAGUCCCUUCAGGUCACUGCCCCCAAUGACAAUGCGGAUAGGACUGUCGAUUUCAACUGACCACCAACAAUCGGCAAGAACCAAAAAUUGAGAAAAACCAGGCUGCACGCAGUAUGAUCGCGGUAAGCCUAUCACCCUAGAGCCGAGAGACUUGAAAUCCAAGAACUGCCUGCAGUGCAAAAGUUAAUGAGAGACUGGGUGUGGUCAUCCUCCCACCCCACUCCACGGGGAAAUCAAGUGGAUAAUCACAGGAGUUAAUUGAAUGACCCAAGAAUCAGAAUUGGCAGCUGACAUGGACUGGGAGCAACACAGCAAGGUCCUGCCCUUGCUUUCCGCAGAAAAUAUGAGACCACUCAAACAACCGAGUGCCUAGUGCUGGUUCAGUUAACAUCUAAAAAUGUUUGACCAUGGAAAAAAGUAAACCAUCUCAUCAAGUGAUACUGUUAUUGGAAUAAUAUAAUUGUUCUCCUGUGCACUCUGAGUAACACUCCAGGAUCUAAGAAAUGGAUGUUAGAAGUAUUUCUAUGCACUCAUCAAGCUGAGAAGUUCUCAAUCCUCUUUGUGUUGGGGUGACACCUUAUGAAUAACCAACUCUGUCAAGUUCUGAUGAUUAAACAGUUAAUUGGUACUUUAGACUGUCACCAAUCAUUAUUGUUCUGCAAGCAUGUGUAAGGUGUGCCUUGUGAAACAUUUGCUUGCACCAGAUUUCACCUUCCUGUCAAGAGGGGAAUUCUUUAUGUACCCAAUACACAAUCAGUUUUGUUCUGUGUAAAGUUGUCUAGUUUGUUGGCUCAUACCCAUCAUAAUGACAAACACUCCGAGGCAUGCUGGCUUAAAAUGUUCUUACAAG